GUUCGUGCUGUACUUUAACCAAACACUGGGCUUCACCUCAAGUACAGUUAAAUAAAUAAACUGGAUGGGCAGCAACACAUUUCAGUUGAUCCCCUACAAUUCAGUCUCAUCUGGACUUUAGCCUACUUCAGUCUUUACGUGAUUUAGGUAUGUCAGAGAUAUGGGCUCACAGAGCUUCAUUUGCAUGAGGGUUUAUCUCACUUGACACCGAUAAGUGGCUGGUUGGUGUCUGUCAUUGAGAACCUGAGGCUGAAGUCCAGCUGUAACCGGGCAGGAGAAAGCUUGUGUGAUAGGACCUGCCAUUCAGUGAACUCUCAGCUGUAGACGGCCCAGUUCGUAUUCAGGUGCUUUUCAUUCAGAAAGUUUAGACAACCACAGUCGGCGCGUGGGAGAGGACUCGGGUACCGGUAUCUCUCCACUGCAGCCUCAUCCAGGGGUCUUCACUCAAGGAAAGUGAAGGAUGGCGUGUGUGAUGUGCUGGCUGCCAGCGGCGGCCCUGCUGCUGCUCGGUGGGACUGGAGGCGACACGGAGCAUCUCCAAGCUGAGAACCUGAAUCUCCUUCUCCCAGAUGAGCACAACGUGGUCCUGAACCGUGGGAUGAGAGUGCUGCCCAGAGACUGCCAUGAAAUGCUGAUGACGUCUUCGGGCCAAGCCAGAGACGGAGUGUACCUGAUCCAACCAGCUGACUCCCCCAUCGUGGCCUACUGUGCUAUGCAGGAGGGAGGCUGGACCGUGGUGCAGCAUAUCACCGUCAAUAGCAGCGUGAAUUUCGAUCGUACCUGGGCUGAAUACAAAGAUGGCUUUGGGGCUGUAACCGGUAAUCACUGGCUCGGGAACGAAUACCUUCAUCAGCUCACCCUCGGCCCCGGGCGCUUUAAACUGGGAGUAAAGCUGGUGGACCGAGACGCCAUCACGAAGACGGGGGAGUAUGAUCCGUUCUUGGUGGAGGAUGAAUCGUCAGCAUACAGGCUGAGGCUGGGGUUGUUCCAGGGAACAGCAGUAGACGCGAUGACCCUGGACACGGAGAACUACCUGCAUGACAACCAGAGGUUCACCACUAAAGACAGAGACAAUGACAACUACUUUCAAAAUUGUGCUCAGCUGGAGUUUCAGGGGGUGCCGGGAGGAGGUUGGUGGUACGACGCCUGUGCUGGUGCCAACCUCAAUCGCAGGAAUGUCAUCUACUGGCAGAAGGACUGCAACAAGGAGCGACUGUGCAAGUACGCGUGGAUGAUGGUGAAACCCACGGACACAGUGAAACUGAUUCAAAGUACGGACUGCAGGAAGGAUGAGCUAUAAGGACACAGGGUUUGUGGUUUUGAGGGCCGAAAGUUUAGUUUUUUUAGCAAUAAACACUUCAAAAAGCUACAUCACUCAGUUUCUCUGGACAUCCAAUUUACCACAUUUUAUUCAGAAUUGCAUGGACAUGAUCACAACAUACUGAGAGCAAGAAAAUGAAUCACAAACUUGGAACAUAGUAUACAAAUGCAGUCGGGUUUUAGCUCUAGCUUUGUCUCCAUCGAUCACAACACAUGAAGCGAAGCAACUCCUCAUUCCCCAAUUUGCAAAUGCAGAUUUUUUUAUUUUCAGUUACAAAAAACAAGUGUUUCAUGACAUUAUAGUUUAUGACCAGUGUUGGGAGUAACGCGUUACAAAGUAACGCAUUACUGUAAUUCCACUACUUUUAACGGUAACGAGCAUGUAACGAAGUAUUUUUUUUAAUCAAUUAACGCAGUUACAAUUACUGAAAUUUAAAUGAGUUCGUUACUCGCGUUAGUCUCUUUUGUGAAAAAUGAACACUUGCAGACAAGAAGACAAGAUAGGCCUACUUUAGUUCAGGCCCGGGGUGGGUAAUCGGGAGAAUCGGGAAAGUUCCCGGUGGGCCGCUUCACUUCUGGGCCGGUCGAGAAUUUGUUGACAUUUGUCACGUUAGUCCAUCUUCUCUUAAAGUGGGCUACACACGUUCCGCAUUCUGACACCGCAGCCUCUGCAUGGGUUGUACCAUGGGAGGAAGUUCACCCCUCCCAAAUAAUAGAGUUGGUUCAGUCCAUUAUGGAACCAACCAACUCAAUUUGGGAGAGGAGAACUUCCUCGCAUGGUACAACUGGUGUCCCAUGCGAGGAAGUUCACCCCUCCAAAAUAGAGUUGGUUCGAUCCUUAGCUGUCUUUUCCAAAAAGUUUUCUCAGCUCCUGUUAGCUGGGCCGGCCCGACCGCAACGAUACGCGUCAGGGAGGAUGGACGGGAGGAAGAGGGCAGGAGGGGCUGAAAAAGCCAGGUUGAAAAAAAGAAAGGCAUUGGAGGAGGAUGCUGCCAAAUGUGCCAAGCUUACAGAUUUAUUUUCAAGAGGACAAACACAAGUGGCAACUGGUCAAGAGAGACAAAGGCCUAAUGAUUAGCAACAUAACUAUUCGGCUAACGUUGUAGCCUUGAUUAAUAUCAUUGUAGCGUUGUCAACCUAUUCCCAAGCAAAAUAUUAAAUUGAAUUAAAAUAUUAGCCUUUUUAUAUCACCCAAAAUAUGGCAAUCCAUAGACUUUGCAAAUAUUAUGCAAAUAUUGAUAUAUAAUAUUGAUAUUGAAUAGGCUCUCAGAUCAAAAGUUUGAGAAGCUUCUCCUCUUGAGGUACAAUAACUGGUUUGAGAGCUAGCAAUGUUGUGGCUACUGGUCAGAGGUGAGAGAUGAGACUUGUUAGCCCAUUUUAACAUUUGUUGAGAAUCUCAUCUCUUAUCUAUAUUUAGCUUUGCCUUAUGAGGCAUGUUUGUUAAAACAUUUUGUUAACCUUUUGUUAAAUCACAUAUUCAAUUAUAUGCAGCACCUCAAGGCACCUUUGUUUUCUCUUUUAAUUAGUGUUAAUACUGUAGGCCAAUCACUUUUAUUUCAUUGGGCCUAAUGUGGUAAAAAAAAACACUGUUAAAUGACUGAGACAGUUAUUUUGUAUUAAGUUAAGUAUUAAAAGGGACUUUUGUACUACUGCUUGAUUUGAAGGCCUGUUGCCCUGUUGAUUGCAACAAAUAGGUCUAAAAAAAUGUUUAUUGUGUUUGACUGUUCAGUACUGUUCAUUACAUUAAAAAAGCAGACAUAAAAGUAACUUAACAGUUACUUUCCCUAGUAACUAAUUACUUUUGAUAUACAGUAACUGGUAAAGUCAUUAAAUUACUUUUAAAAGAAGUAACUAGUAACUGUAACUAAUUACUAAUUUUCAGUAACUUGCCCAACACUGCUUAUGACGCAUGUGAAAUAGCUCCCAUCCAAAGCUGACACAAAGAAACAUUUCACGAGCAUGUUAUUUGUCACAGUACACUACAAGUUUGCCAGAAAUACAAUGAAGAUGAUGGCGUAUUUAUUUAGCAAUAGAUAUUCAGAAAAACAAUACUGUAGUUCAAUGCUUAUGGAAAAUGAAAGAAUCCUGAGGAUGAAAACUAAUAAACUUAUCAUAAACACAGUGCA